AGCAAUGACAUGCAUCUGUUUCAGGCUAGCUAUAUAAGUCUCUUUGGCCAUCACCCACUUGUGAAACAUUCAAGCCACUCUGAAUGGAAGCCAACGAAAGGAAUGAAGACUGAAAUCUGUCCAAGCACCCUUCUGAGUUCAAGAGACUUAGACCAGGAUCUUCCUCGAUGUUCUACAAAUGAGAGCUGAAGUCAAAGGAGACCCUCCAACAGCCCUGGCAGCCUGUUUUGCUUCUUUUGGAUUCAAUGCAUAUAUUUGUUGGAGAGAGAAAAAAAGUCAUGGUAUAUUCCUAAAUUUCAUCUUUUCCUAAGUCACAGAGAGAGAGAGAAGCUGCUUGCAUCAAAAUCGUGAGAAGACCUAUGGUACAAUCAAAAGAGCAUUGAACUUGUAAUCAGAGGAUCUGGCUUUCUUUGGACCAGCAACACCUCAUUGGCUUUGUGAUCUUGGACAAGCCCUUCAGUUCUUCAUCUUUAAAUGAAGAAUCAACUCCAAAAUGACAAAUAAUAAAUUUGAGUGUAAGCACUGCAUGGAAUUACUUUUUGGAAAGAAGUUUAUAUUACAGGACGCUGAAGCUUAUUGUAUUCCUUGUUAUGAACAGCUCUUUUCUAACAACUGUGAGGAGUGCAAGAGGCCCAUUGCAUGUGACUCAAAGGAUCUUGCCUACAAAGACCGACACUGGCACGAAGACUGUUUCAAGUGUGGCAAGUGUAAUCGCUCCUUGGUGGAAAAGCCUUUUGCUGCCAAGGAUGAAAUCUUGCUGUGUACUGACUGUUAUUCUAAUACAUGUUCUUCCAAGUGUUUCCAGUGUAAGAAGAUCAUUAUGCCUGGUUGUCGAAAAUUAGAAUUGGAGGGAAACGAAUGGCAUGAAACCUGUUUUAUUUGUCAGUCUUGCGAAAAACCUCUAGGAACAGAGCCUUUGGUCACCAAAGAAAAUAAACGCUACUGUGUGCCAUGUUUUGAGAGGAAGUUUGCUCCACGCUGCAAAUCUUGUAAAAAGCCAAUAACUGCUGAAGGAAUAACUUAUCAUGAACAGCCCUGGCAUAAAGAGUGUUUUUUGUGCACUAAUUGCAACAAACAACUGUUUGGAGAAAGAUUUAUUUCCAAAGAAGAACAACCAUAUUGCCAAGAUUGUUAUCACCAACUUUAUACUGAGAAAUGUGAGGCCUGUACCAAACCCAUCCUUGGUUCUCGAUCAUUAAAAUUUGAGGGGAAAAAAUGGCAUGAAAACUGUUUUGUUUGCCAAUCUUGCCAAAACCCUAUUGGAACCAAGCCUUUGGCGAUCAAAGAAAGUAAACACUACUGUGUGCCCUGUUUUGAGAGGAAGUUUGCUCCACGCUGCAACUCUUGUAAAAAGCAGGAAAGAGGAACGAACAAAACUGGAACUUCUUCGUCCUGUGUAUAUAGAACAAGAGAUCGUCAAAGCGUCAUACGACCUAGAAGUCUCCUGAAUCCUUGGUCCAGGAAAAGGAUGCCAAUAACUACUGGAGGACUGAUUUACCGAGAGCGUCCCUGGCAUAGAGAGUGCUUUCUGUGCAAUGGAUGUAAGAAACAACUGUUUGGAGAAAAGUUCGUUUGCAAAGAUGAGCGACCAUAUUGUCGAGAUUGCUAUACCGACCUUUUUGCUGAUAAGUGUGACUCCUGCAACAAACCCAUCGCUGAUCCUGAAGGCCCCAGUUACAUCUCUUUCCAAGAGCGCCAGUGGCACAGUGACUGCUUCAAGUGUAGGAAAUGCAAUGUCUCCUUAGUGGAUAAACCUUUCAUGACUCAGCAAAAGGAGAUUCUCUGCCGUGUAUGUGGUUCCAAAAGAGUCUGAGAUCUGAGUGGUGCAACCUGUCUUUCACCUGUGUUUCUCAAUGAUUUCACACUCACUAAAUCAAGAACUCGCUUGAAGUAA